UUAAUGGUACCAUUACGAUUGCUUCUUUUAGCAAUGACAAAUCGCUGCAUCCUUGUACUUUAAAUUCUGUUCCUAUAAAUACUACCAUACUAUUGGUACCAUUUAAUGAAGGUUUGAAUUAUGGAUGUUCAUCUUAUUCUGACAAAACGAUUCAAACAAUUAAUGAUAGUGCUACUGUAACUUCGCAACUACUAUCUACGACUUAUCAUUCCACCUCGGAAUAUUAUUCCAUGGUGACACAUGGACAUAGCACGACAGAUUUUCCCACUGACAACAGACCUACACCUACCAUGGCACGUAAUCCUAGUACCAUAACAACGAUGGAUAGAUCAUUUGAAACGAGUCUACCGGAUCAUCGGAACCUGAAAUUGAAUCAACGCGCGAUCAUGAACCAUAUAAAUUCACGUGAUACAACAAAUGAUACAACAAAUGAUAGUUCGACAAGAAUAGAAGUACUGAUAUUUACUUCAAUGAAUAAUGGAGAUCCGGGCAUUAAGGAAAAGUAUAUUGGAAGUUUACAGACACUUUCUAAAACUGCUCCUGUCCUGACCUUGAUGAAAAUAGAAGACAUGUCAAAUGUUCAAGACAUCUUGAAUCAACCUUCAUAUGCAGUAGUUACGCAAGAUUCUGGACCUUGGAUCAAUUUACUUAAUAGUCAAGAAUUUCUUAUCUGGACAAUAAUUGUUGGAAUCUUAUAUGGCAUUAUUAUAAUAAUAGCACUUGGACUUCUUUUAUGGGGCAUUUACAAAAAUAAAUAUGACAGAGAUAAUCCAAAACCAUGGUUACUCGCCGGAAUUGUCUUGUGUGCUACUUCUUUCAUAAUUGUUUUUGUCGUUCUGGAAACGAUUUUUAUUCUCUCGACAAUUUGUGGAUAUGCGAUAUUUGGUGUUAUAAUAAUAUUGGCAAGGAAAAAUGAUUUAGCCCCUAUUGUCGAUCCAACAGCACAAAGAAAUAUUGGGCAAGCGAGGAGGGAUCGGACAAAUAAAGAAAUUCUCAAGACUGGAAUUUUAACAAUAUCAUUGAUAUUAUCCUUCCUCUUCAUCACUGUUCAUACGUUGGUCGCGGUUUUCUUAAACGCGACAAUUCGUAACUUUUGGAUAGUUCGUAUCACUGAUGACCUCUCGUUUGUUAUUGGAUGCAUCAUUCUGCUAAUAGCAUUGCAUUCCGAUUCAAUAUCAAAAUAUUCACACAUGACAUACAUAAGCAGUCCGGAGGAUACAAGUACAGAGAAUUCACGAAAUACUUCAAGAUCUUCAUCUAAUGGUGGAGAAACAAGUACACGAAAUGAUCGUCGAAAACGAAAUACAAUAGAAAUUCUAUUUGGAAGGAAAAGUUUCGUGGGGUUGUGA